AUGCUUGCGACACUCCUCGCCGUUCUCACUGCGUCGUCGCUGGUCUCUGCUCAGAGUGCUGCCAACCAGGCGUACACGCCCGUGUCUGGCGCGUGCCCGAGUGGAUUCGAAGUCGUGCGUCUGGUCGGCCCCGUGGGGAACCAAACCCUCAACCAGCAGGAAGUCGAAUAUAUUAGCACCCGCAAGGCCAACGUCCUCCCUGACGCCUGGAAAACGUACCUUGCCAAUAUUCAAGCGACAAAUGCAUCGUUGCCAGACUAUGUUGCGAGCAUUCUCAGCGGAGAGAGCAGGUACCCUAAUGUCGGGAUCGCGAGCAGCGGUGGCGGUUGGCGGGCAACCCUAUGGGGCGCGGGUAUCUUGAACUUCUUGGAUGCGCGAAACGAGACGUCAGCCGCUCUCGGGACCGGAGGUAUUCUCCAAGCCGCACAAUAUCUCUCUGGCUUGUCCGGCGGGGCCAACCUAGUUGGGUCCUUCGCGCAGGCGAACUUCCCGACGAUUCAGACUUUGGCAUUUGGCACGAAUAGCACGGAUCCGACCAGUGCAUGGGGCGGGUGGCUGCCGCAGAUCAACCAGCAAGAUCCGUACACGAACGCGACCCAGAAUGCAGAAUACCUCCAAGAGUUGAUUGACGAGAUUCGCGGGAAGUACGCGGCAGGUUUCUCGGUCUCGUAUAAUGAUAUCACUGCGCGCGACAACGGGCGGCAUUUCGUCAACGGGACCAACGCGGAGAAUUUCUUCAAUGAUACGCUUCUUCAUGGCGCGGGUUACACCUGGUCCAGCGUUCCCAACGUGCCUACUUUCGCAUCGUAUUCCCAACCGUUCCCCAUCCUCAUUGCGACGCUGCUCUCUCCAAAUGGAAACUUCUCCAAUAUCAUCCCGAACAGCAGCGACAUUGUCCCUACCUCCAACCCGAUCAUGGAGAUGAACGUCUUCGAAAUGGGAUCAUAUGAUCCUACGCUCGCAGCGUUCACACCCAUGAAAUAUCUGGGGACAACGAACGACUCGGUUUGCUGGACCAAUUACGACCAGACCGCAUUUGUUGUUGGCGCUUCUGGUGAUUGGAACACAUUCUACAACACUUCGGAAUCCGUCCUAGUCAACUCCUACGUCUAUCCUAUUGUCACCGCUCUCAACGAGAGCAUCCCGCAAACGGACAUUGUCCUGGACUCGUCCCUGUUCCCGAACCCGUUCCGCGCAUCAAUCAUGAAUGGCACAUUCAUCGACGAGAACGAAACACUCAUUAUGAUGUCCGAUGGUGCAAGUGACGGAGAGGCGAUUCCAAUUCAGCCUUUGAUGGUCAAGGCCCGCGGUCUCGACACAAUUUUUGCCCUCGAUGCCAAUCAAGAUUUUGCCAAUGCAUACUGGUCUGCUGGUGGUUCUCUUGUCAACACUCAAAACCGCAUCAACACCCUCUUCCCUACGGCGUACAGCAUGCCGCCCAUCCCCACCAACACCUCCGAGUUCUCCGCGCAGAAUCUCUCCAUACGGCCGACGUUCUUCGGGUGCGACACCAGCACCGAAGCUCCAUUAAUCAUCUACAUCGCAAAUGGCGGCCCACCGCGCAACGGCGAAGCACCGCUGACGAACCAGCAGCCGAGCAACCUGACGCUCGACCAGACGCAGGCAUUCCUCGAUCAGGUGUACGCGAUCGCCAUGCAGGGAUAUCCUACGAACGCAAGCGAGGUGAAUGACCCGGAGUGGCCGGCGUGCCUGGCGUGCGCAGUCGUCGACCGUGCGCGGAACGCCACGGGAACGGAGAGGAGCGGGCUAUGUUCGAGCUGCUUUGAGCGGUACUGCUGGAAUGGAACGGAAGUGGCGUUGACGACGACAACGACAACGAAGAGCGGAGCGCAGAGCAUGGGUCGGAGUGUGAUGGGCGUGGUGGCGUCGACGCUCGUUGCCGCUGCGUUGGCGUACUUCUGA